AUGAGUGCUCGCGGCGCUGCACGAUGCACCGCCGGCUGUCUCUCAGCAGCUUCAUCAUGCCGGCAAAUCGCCGGCCACAAGCGGGUGCUGCCAUCUCAGAGCGCAAGUCCGACUAAGACGAUACAGGUGCGACACAGCAGCACCGGCGCCAAGACCAGCAGCAGCCGGUCGCUGGUAUGGAUCCGGUGUCUCUUCUCCAGCGGCAGCGUCAGCGUGGGUCGCCGGCUGUCGUCCACAACUGCUGUCGCUGCUGCAGCCAAGAGCGCAAAGCCCGUGACGAUGAUGGCCAGCGCCUCGGGAAUGGCAUCUGGAAGCGCGGUAGUAACGGUGGCGACGGCUGGGCUCAUGCUGGCUCCCUUUGUCGACGAGUUAGACCGCAUCGCGCCGUGCUUCCGCAUUCACGGGUCGCAAGUACGGGUGCUCGAGACGCCAGCUGAGUUUUACGAGACGCUCAAGACGAUGAUCCGUGGUGCUGAGCAUCGCAUCUUCUUGUCGACGCUCUACAUUGGCAAGUCGGAAACAGAGCUGAUCAACACUCUGCAGACGGCAUUGCGCGCAAAACCGGCCCUGAAGCUUUCGAUCGUCACUGACGCGCUCCGUGGCACGCGCGAGUCUCCUGCGCCGUCGUGCGCCUCGUUGCUGGCACCGCUAGUGGCCGAGUUCGGGGCCGAUCGCGUCGAGCUGCGUAUGUACCACACGCCGAACCUCACGGGUCUCCGCAGGCGGUGUAUUCCCAAGCGGAUCAACGAAGGCUGGGGGCUACAGCACAUGAAGCUGUACGGGGUGGAUGACGAGAUCGUGCUGACCGGGGCCAAUCUGUCCAUGGACUACUUUACCAACCGGCAAGACCGCUACCACGUCUUCUCGUCCAGAGACGUGACUGAUUUCUACUGGCAGCUGCACAGCGCUGUGUCCUCGCUCAGCUUUCAGGUUCGGCCAUCGCCAACGGCCGUUGACAGCUUCGAGAUGGUGUGGCCGGACGACAACCGGGCUCCUUCGCCGCUGGAGCAGCCGGGUGCCUUUGUGACGGCAGCUACAGGCGUGCUGCAUGGCCUGGUGGCACCGCAGAAGGCAGCAGCAGCAGCAAGCCCGGGUGCAGACACUUCUGUGUAUGUGCUGGCACAGAUGACGCAGCUGCUUCGGCCCGACAGUUCGACCGAGCGACCUGCACUUACACACGUGCUGCAGACGCUGUCUCGGCCCGAUUAUGCCGGCUCGUCGUGGACGUUCACGGCUGGCUACUUCAAUCCGGCGCCGUCGCUGACUAAGCUGCUACUCUCGACAGCGGCCGCGACAGGAACGGUCAUCACGGCCUCGCCGUAUGCAAACGGCUUCUACCGGUCCCCGGGAGUUUCAGGCAUGCUUCCAGACGCCUACACGUUCUUGGCGCAUCGUUUCCUCAAGGCGGCCGACCGCACGGCAACAUCGGCCAUCACGCUCAAAGAGUGGCGACGCGGCACCGUCGGUCAGCUCGGCGGGUGGACAUACCAUGCCAAAGGCCUCUGGAUCACGCUGCCGGGCGAGAUGUCGCCGGCAAUGACGCUGGUGGGCAGCUCCAACUAUACUAAGCGCAGCUACACCCUGGACCUCGAGGCAAACGCACUGGUGGUGACGCGCAACGCAGCGCUACAGGCUCGCCUUGGCGCCGAGGAAUCCUGGCUGCAGACAUAUGCGCAGCCUGUCAGCCGCGAUGACUUUGCCCAGCCGGAGCGACGGGUGCGCGCGCAUGUGCGUCUGGCCAUGUGGAUUGUACAGGCGCUGGGCGGCGCUCUAUAG